AUGAUAAUAUGCUCUUGGAAUGUGAGGGGGCUUAAUGCUCCUUCAAAGGUGGUGGAGGUGAGGAGGUUUUUGCAGAAGAAUAAUGUAGAUGUUGUAGCUCUGGUGGAGACUAGGGUAAGAGAAAUUAAUGUUAAGAAAGUUCAGAAUAAGCUUGGAGGUGAGUGGAAGUGGGAAAUGAACUACUCCUGCUCUCCUAAAGGGAGAAUUUGGGUUGGUUGGAGACAUAGUUUGAUUACUUAUCACGUUGUGAAUAAAACAUACCAGUUUAUUCAUGGAGUUAUCUGCACUAAGACUGGCUUAACUAGUGCUGAGUUUACUGCUGUCUAUGGUUUACAUACUAUAGAACAUAGAAAGCCCUUAUGGGUUGAUUUGGUCAACACUGCAGAUAAUGAAACAAGGGACUUUGAGAGGUGUAUUGAUGCUGCUGGUUUGGCUGAACUGAAGAGUUGUGGGCACUUCUUCUCCUGGAGCAAUAAAGGGCAAGGUGAUCUGAGAAUCAGUUCUAGAAUUGACAGGGCUUUAGGGUGUGCUGCUUGGCAUACAGUUUUUGAUGAUGCUGUUGUGGAUCAUCUUAACCCUGGACUUUCUGACCAUUCUCCUCUUGUUCUCACUUGUAAAAUGGAGGAUCAUUCUAAAGGGAGGCCUUUUAGGCUCUUUAACUAUAUGGCUGAUCACCCUAGCUUUAAUCAAGUGGUUCAAGAUGGUUGGAAGGUUAAUAUUCAGGGUACUGCAAUGCACCAGCUGGCUGCUACUCCUACUGACACUGAUUUACAGUGCUAUGAAGGAGAGUACACAAGGAAUAGCAUUGACUUAUUAUAUGACACUGCUGGCAAGAAACUGGUCACUACAGAGGAAAUUCAGAAAGAAAUUUGUGUAUUCUAUAAGGAACUUGUUGGGUCUGCUACAGAUAAUCUUGUUGGGAUUGAUCUGGAUGUUGUUAGAAAAGGGAAUCAACUGACUGCUGAUGCUACUCAAGGUCUAGUGGUUCCAGUUACUAAUGAUGAGAUUGAUGUUUCUUUAGCUGCUGUGAAGGAAUUCUUUGACACUGGGAAAAUGCUGAGAAAAAUCAACAACACUUCAGUGACCUUGAUUCCUAAGGUUCAGAAUGCCACAAGUAUUAAGGAUUUUAGACCUAUUGCUUGUUGCUCUAUUGUUUAUAAGCUUAUUUCUAAAAUCCUAACAUCAAGAAUGCAGGUUGUGAUUGGUGAUGUGAUAAGAAAUGCUCAAUCAGGGUUCAUUCCUGGUAGGAACAUUUCAGGUAAUAUUUUGCUGGCCUCAGAAUUAGUCAAAUGCUAUUCUAGAAAGUACAUCUCUCCUAGAUGUAUGAUCAAGGUGGAUUUAAAAAAGGCCUAUGACUCUAUUGAGUGGCAUUUUCUCAAGAAGAUGUUGCAAGAAUUAGGUUUUUCUAGUAAAUUUGUCAACUGGAUUAUGCAGUGUCUGUAUUCAGUUUCUUACUCUAUCCUGGUAAAUGGAGCUCCUACUUCCCCUAUUCCUGCUAAAAAAGGUGAUAAGCACUUUAAGUAUCAUCCAAGAUGCAAGAAGUUGAAUAUAACCCAUAUGAUGUUUGCUGAUGACCUACUGAUGUUUUCCAGAGCUGAUAUCCCUUCUGUGACUGCUUUGUUUGGGGCUUUCACAAAAUUCUCUCUUGAUUCUGGUCUGUUGGCUAACCUUCAUAAAAGUGAGGUCUACACUGCUGGUAUUCCUGAUGAUAUGUCUGAUCAGAUUGUAGAGCAAAUUGGCAUUCCAAAGGGAAACUUGUUUGCUGAUUGCAAACCUCUUAUUGAAAAGAUAGUUGAUAGAGUGAGGAGCUGGACUGCAAAAUUUUUGUCUUAUGCAGGGAGGUUACAAUUGAUCAAGUCAGUCUUAUUUGGUAUUCAAAUGUACUGGAGCCAAAUUUUUGUGAUGCCAAAGAAAGUAAUGAAGGAAAUUCAAAGGAUCUGCAGGUGUUUUCUUUGGACAGGUUCUGAUCUGGGUUCAAAGAAAGCUCCUGUUGUCUGGGAGCAGAUGUGUUUCCCCAAGAGUUGUGGAGGGUGGAACUUGACCAAUCUUGUUAUUUGGAACAAAGCAACUGUUGUGAAGCAUCUGUGGGCUCUUUCUAUGAAACAAGAUAGACCGUGGGUUAAAUGGAUUCAUAUUUACUAUGUGAAAAAUCAGAAUUUCUGGAGUAUGCCUGUUCCCAAUGGGCUCACUUGGUCUCUUAGGAAGAUUUGGCACAGUAGAGACAUGGUGAUGCAAGUUGGUACCUUUGACCAGUUCACUUAUGCUAGCAAAUUCAAGAUCAACAAAAUGUAUAAGUAUUUGCAUGAUAUUGGAGGGCAUGUUUCCUGGAAGAGAAUAAUUUGCAAUAGCAAAGCUACCCCUAAAGCUGCCUUCAUUGUCUGGUUGGCACUGCAUAAAAGGCUUCCUACUAAGGAUAGGUUGAGAGGUUGGGGAAUGAACAUUUCUAGUACCUGUGAGUUAUGUCAGGCUGCUGAUGAGAGCCUUGACCAUUUAUUCUUUGAUUGCUCAGUUUCUAAGGAGGUUCGGAGUGGUGUUCUUCAGCAUCUGGGAGUCAGUAGAUUAGUGAUGCAGUGGGAAUUAGAGGUGCAGUGGUGUUCAGUCAAAAGCAGAAGCACAAAAGAAGCUGAUAUCAGAAGAAGUAUUGCAUUUUCUGAGACUGUCUAUGCUUUGUGGCUGCAGAGAAAUGCUAAUCUCUUCAAGAACAAACUUGAUUCCAUUGAUUGUAUUGUUAGGAGAAUCUUAUUCAUUGUGGCUUGUAGGUGUGAGUAG